AUGGACCGCUCAACGCAGGAGCUGUUCCUCAACUUCAUGGUGGUUUUAAUCACCGUGCUGCUAAUGUGGCUGCUGGUGAAAAGUUUUUAUGAUCACCUCUCUGGUCCAGAGCUGCAGUAG